CGGCGCGAGAGAGCGUCUCACCGUCAGCUCAGUGGAUGUAGACGGAGAGGACGCCUCAGAGCCACAGCAUGUCUCUGCUUGAAAACUCAGCGGACAGGAUGCCCAGCAAACCUGCUGCCACCAAACCAGCCCACAGACUGUAUCCAUCACUGCCAAACAUAGACAGGUAUGAGUUCUGUUUGCCUGUUGGCUCCAGUGGACCCGACCUCCACCCGGAGCUCCAGCCUGAGAGUCUUCCAGAAGACGCGCCGUCAGAGGGUUCGUCACCCGGCAGUGAUGUCAGGAUGAAAGCACAGAUUCUUCUCUUGGAGGAGCAAAGGAAAGAACUUCUUUCUAUUAAUGAGAGAUGGGCUAAAGAGUACAGAACCAUGGUGCGGUACUACAAAGAAAAGGUCCAGGCUUUGAAAGCCCUGCAGCAGCAUCAACACUAUGAAGAAGGAGAGAAACAGGCCACAUUAUAUAAAAAGAUCCAAUUCAAGAUGGCAGAAGACAACACACAGACAGGAGAAGUCAGCUGUGAGCUGCUCAGAGCAGAGAAGGAAGCCGAAGAGCUGCGAGUGCAGAACGUGGCUUUGACCCGCAGAGGGCGGCAUCAGCACGAGGAGAUCAGGCGGCUGAACAAGGCCCUGCAGGAGGCGCAGCUGCAGAGCUCCUCGCCUCUGGAUGGCAGCAGUGAAACACUAGAAGACCUCUGGAAGCAUCAGGCUGAAGUCUACAAGGAAGACUUCUUGAGGGAGCGAAAGGACAGAGAGAAGCUUAAGGACAAAUAUCUGGAACUGGAGAAGAAAUUUAAGAAAGUUCACAACGAGCUGCACGUCCACAAGUCUCAGGUGACACCAGCUCAGCAGCCUCAGCCUCUGCUUCAAUGCGCCUGCACCAACAAAGUCAAAUGCGCCGACUGGGAGGUCCGACCGGUGAAGCAGCACCACAUCCAGCUGCAGAGGAGAUACACUCUGGAUAACAAAUAGAGAAGCUCCUCAGGGGUUUUUUUUUUUUGUUGCGUGGCGAUGUUUCAGUGCACUUUAUAGAAGUUGUUUAUCGUGAGCGCUUCACCAGGAGAAGCUCGGUUGUGUUGAAGCCCUGCAGCAGGUUGAGCUCCAGCUUCUCCACCAGUCUGAUGGGUUAGAUGUGGAGGACACAAAGCUGGACGAUUCCCACCAAGAGAAAAGCAGCAAACUUGUCGACGCGAACCUCAUUUUUGUGAUGCAGAUGCACUGAUUGCGCCGCCCAAACACUAUUGAUAUGAACAAUACUGAUCACAAUGAUUGCAGGAGCUGGCUUUUUACACACUAUAGGACCUCGGUGGCGCCACCUUCAGGGCAGGAAGACGGAGAAACGAGCUGCUCAGGAUCUCAGGAAAGGAUCGUUUCUGUAGUGUAUUCAUUCAGCUUGUUUGCACCAGAGACAGAAGAAAGGAUGUAUAAACAUGUAUUAUGUACAGUAUAUUUAUGUAUGUUUGAAGUUAUGCAUUU